AUUUAUAAUCUUCUUUUACUGAGUAAAAAAUAUAAUAACUACUAUAGAAUCCAAAAAAGGGAAUUUCUAAGCAACCCUUUAUUUCUACAAUUUGAUGGAAUUUUCGAAAACAUUUUAUUCGAACAGCUGUUUAUAAAUUUAUUGACAUAUCCAUUAAACAAGAUUUCAGAAAAAAUGGCCAAUCCUCCUGCUGUUGGAUCUGCUCCCAAUUUGCGUGGUUUACAUCAUUUGCAAACCAAGCGUAAUUUAGCUCUCGCUCUUGGUUUAACGACUCUCGUGACAGUGGCCUUUAAGGUAUUUGUCAAUGAUCCUCGUAAAGCCGCUUAUGCCGAGUUUUAUAAGACCUACAACGCUGAAAAGUCCUUUGAACGCAUGAAGGCCAAUGGACGUUUCCAAUCUUGUUAGACAUUAUGAAAGCAUUCAACGUCUAGUAUAAGCACUAAUUGUAAUGCAAAAAUUAAAACUAUGGCAAGAAAAUAGAGUAAUUCAUAUGGAAAACAAAAAA